AUGCAACUCGACACCGGUGCCGACGUAUCGACAAUCAGCUGCAGGACGUGGAUGGAAUUAGGAUUACCAACUUUGAAGGCCCCACCUGCGGAAUUGAAAGCUGCGAACAGAUCGCUGAUCGAAGUGUUUGGAGUUUGCGAGAUGCCAUUCACAUGCAAUGGAUUCGAUGGCAAUGGAUUAUUUUAUGUCACCAAGGACCUAUUUUUGUUAGGAAUGGACAUGCUGCAACAGCUGCCGCCCUUCCGAGAUGCCCCGUCUGCUGUUUCCUGA